AUGCUGUAUAGCUCUUUCUCUCUCUCUCUCUCUCUCUCCCUAUCUAUCUAUCUAUCUAUCUAUCUAUCUAUCUAUCUAUCUAUCUUUCUAUCUCUUCUCCAUUUCUCUUUCUCUCCACCCCUCUCUCUCUCUCUCCAACUCUCUCUUUCUACAUUUCUUUCUCUCUCUCCAACUCUCUCUUUCUCUAUUUCUCCCCAACUCUCUCUCUCUCUCUUUCUCUUCUCAACUCUCUCUUUCUACAUUUCUUUCUCUCUCUCCCCAACUGUCUCUUUCUCUAUUUCUCUCCAACUCUCUCCCCAACUCUCUCUUUCUACAUUUCUUUCUCUCUCUCCAACUCUCUCUUUCUCUAUUUCUCUCCAACUCUCUCUCUUUCUCUUCUCAACUCUCUCUUUCUACAUUUCUUUCUCUCUCUCCCCAACUCUCUCUUUCUACAUUUCUUUCUCUCUCCAACUCUCUCUUUCUCUAUUUCUCUCCAACUCUCUCUUUCUACAUUUCUUUCUCUCUCUCCAACUCUCUCUUUCUCUAUUUCUCCCCAACUCUCUCUCUCUCUUUCUCUUCUCAACUCUCUCUUUCUACAUUUCUUUCACUCUCUCCAACUCUCUCUUUCUCUAUUUCUCUCCAACUCUCUCUCUUUCUCUUCUCAACUCUCUCUUUCUACAUUUCUUUCUCUCUCUCCCCAACUCUCUCUUUCUACAUUUCUUUCUCUCUCUCCAACUCCCUCUUUCUCUAUUUCUCCCCAACUCUCUCUCUCUCUUUCUCUUCUCAACUCUCUCUUUCUACAUUUCUUUCUCUCUCUCCCCAACUCUCUCUUUCUACAUUUCUUUCUCUCUCUCCAACUCUCUCUUUCUCUAUUUCUCUCCAACUCUCUCUUUCUACAUUUAUUUCUCUCCCUCCACAACUCUCUCUUUCUAUAUUUCUUUCUCUCUCUCCAACUCUCUCUGUCUCUAUUUCUCUCCAACUCCCUCCCCAACUCUCUCUUUCUACAUUUCUUUCUCUCUCUCCAACUCUCUCUUUCUCUAUUUCUCUCCAACUCUCUCUUUCUACAUUUCUUUUUCUCCCUCCCCAACUCUCUCUUUCUAUAUUUCUUUCUCUCUCUCCAACUCUCUCUUUCUCUAUUUCUCUCAACUCUCUCCCCAACUCUCUCUUUCUACAUUUCUUUUCUCUCUCCAACUCUCUCUUUCUCUUUCUCUCCAACUCUCUCUCUUUCUCUUCUCAACUCUCUCUUUCUACAUUUCUUUCUCUCUCUCCCCAACUCUCUCUUUCUACAUUUCUUUCUCUCUCUCCAACUCUCUCUUUCUCUAUUUCUCUCCAACUCUCUCUCUUUCUCUUCUCAACUCUCUCUUUCUACAUUUCUUUCUCUCUCUCCCCAACUCUCUCUUUCUACAUUUCUUUCUCUCUCUCCAACUCUCUCUUUCUCUAUUUCUUUCUCUCUCUCCAACUCUCUCUUUCUCUAUUUCUCUCCAACUCCCUCCCCAACUCUCUCUUUCUACAUUUCUUUCUCUCUCUCCAACUCUCUCUUUCUCUAUUUCUCUCCAACUCUCUCUUUCUACAUUUCUUUCUCUCUCUCCAACUCUCUCUUUCUCUAUUUCUCUCCAACUCUCUCUCUUUCUCUUCUCAACUCUCUCUUUCUACAUUUCUUUCUCUCUCUCGCUAACUCUCUCUUUCUCUAUUUCUCUCCAACUCUCUAACCAACUCUCUCUUUCUACAUUUCUUUCUCUCUCUCCAACUCUCUCUUUCUCUAUUUCUCUCCAACUCUCUCUCUUUCUGUUCUCAACUCUCUCUUUCUACAUUUCUUUCUCUCUCUCCCCAACUCUCUCUUUCUCUAUUUCUCUCCAACUCUCUCCCCAACUCUCUCUUCCUACAUUUCUUUCUCUCUCUCCAACUCUCUAUUUCUCUCCAACUCUCUCUCUCUCCCCAACUCUCUCUUUCUACAUUUCUUUCUCUCUCUCGCCAACUCUCUCUUUCUCUAUUUCUCUCCAACUCUCUCCCCAACUCUCUCUUUCUACAUUUCUUUCUCUCUCUCCAACUCUCUCUUUCUCUAUUUCUCUCCAACUCUCUCUCUCUCUCUUUUCCCAACUCUCUCUUUCUCCGUUUCUCUCUUUCUCUGUCUGUCUCUUUAUUUCACACUAA